AUGGAGGAGAAUCACCCCAAUGGUGUAUGCCAUGAAGACAUGAUGAUCAAUCUAAUGCAAACCCAUAUGGAAUUGUCUCUUAUACAGGAGGAGAUAGCCAACAAUUUGCGUGAGCUCCGACAUGGUUUAAUCGAGAUUUGGAUGCCCUCAACCAUGAACUUGAUGACGUACGUGCUGGUCAGCUCGACAUCUCAAACAUGGUUGCUGAUCUUAAGAACCAUUUCUGUUCUCUACAAGCUGCGUGUGUUCACCUACAUGUUCUUCAAGUAA